AUGUCCUCCGGGAAAUCCACGAAGGCAUCUGUGGUAGUCAUUCAGGCGCCCGCUCACUUGCGCAUAAGGCCAUUAGGCAAGGAUACUUCUGGCCAUCACUUCACACUGAUGCCCAAGCCUUCACACUGUGACAAGUGUCAGCGGUUUUCCAAUAUCCCUCAACUCCCAGCUGAACCUUUAACAGCCAUGGUCAUUCCUUGGCCAUUCACCCAGUGGGGACUUGACCUCAUCGGACCUAUGCCCGAGGGCAAAGGCCAGGUUAAGUACGCAGCCGUGGCCGUCGACUACUUCACUAAAUGGGCUGAAGCUGAGGCCCUGGCCACCAUCACUGCGGCUCGCAUCGAGACGUUCGUUUGGCAAAAUAUCGUGUGCCGCUUCGGCAUCCCCAACGCCAUCGUCACAGACAACGGCCGGCAAUUUGACAACGCAAAAUUUAGGCAGUUUUGUUCCAACCUCAAGAUAAAACUUUGCUUCGCUUCUCCAGCCCAUCCUCAGUCCAAUGGCCAGGUCGAAGCCGUGAACAAAAUUAUCAAGAAAACCCUGAAGACCAAGCUUGACCAAGCCAAGGGUUGCUGGCCCGAGCUACUGCCAGAGGUUCUUUGGGCUUACCGCACCACCUUUCGUACCUCAACGGGAGAAACACCGUUUUCCCUUUCCUUUGGUACCGAAGCGGUGGCACCAGUGGAGAUUGGCCAGCCAACAUACCGAACCUCCACUUACGAGGCCGAGGCUAAUAACGAGCAGCUGGCCCUCAACCUCGACUUCAUCGACGAGCUUCGUGACCAGUCCAACAUGCGCAACGUCGCAUACAAGCAGCGUAUUGCCAAGUAUUACAACUCCAGAGUUAAACCUCGAGCUUUCAUAACUGGGGACUGGGUCAUGCGCAAGGUUUCCUUAGCCACUAAGAAUCCUAAUGAGGGUACCCUGGGCCUUACGUGGGAAGGUCCAUAUGAGAUCACCAAGGUUUGCCGCCCCGGGACUUAUCAGCUUCGGGACCACAAGGGCAAAAUGUUGCCUCACCCUUGGAACGCCGACCAUCUCAAGUACUACUACAAGUAA